AGCUAAAAAAUCUCAUUAUCCCAAAAACCCCAAAAACAAAGCUGAGUAUGGAGAAGCAGAAGCUCGUCCUAACCCUAAUGCUAAUAAUCAUAUGUUUAUCAUCAGCCCAAAUUGUCUCCGAGACAAAGAAGAUUACGCGCAUCCAUUUCUACCUCCACGACAUCAUCGGUGGCGACAGCCCCACCGUCUGGCGCGUGGCGGAAAGCAACCUAACCGAUGUUCUGCCGUCGGCGUUCGGGAUGGUACUGGUGCUGGACAACCCCGUCACAUCCGGGCCCGAGCUAGACUCCGGGGAGCUGGGGCGGAUGCAGGGGACCGUGGCGUUGGCCGACCUCCGCGAGCAGGCUCUCGCGAUGGUCCUCAACCUUGUGUUCACCAAGGGGGAGUUCGAGGGCAGCACGCUUAGCAUUCUCGGCCGGAACCCGUUGGGCGCCGAGUUAAGGGAGGUUUCCAUCGUGGGCGGCACCGGCGCCUUUAGGAUGGCCACUGGUUAUGUUAUGAUUACCACUUAUUAUAAUGACCCAGCUCAGGUUCGUAAUGUGUACGAGUACACUUUGGUCGUCUUUCAUACGGAUUCCAACUUCGUGUGGUCGACCCGCUGAAAUUAUUGAUCCAAAAUAGCUACUACCUGUUUGAAUAAGGCAUGAACUUUAAUAAAUUUGUCAUUUCUUUGGAUUUGUCAUGAGUUGUAAUAUUUUAUGUAAGUGCAAUAAAACUCUUAGUACUACUA